UUCUUUGUUUCCGAAGGCGGAGGAGGCUCUGAGCCCCCCCCCCCUCCCCGUCCCACCCCCUCCCCCCGGGUGCUGGCUCCAUGUCUGUGUGACCGGCCCCAGGGGUAGAGUCCAGGCCCGACGCGGGGCGGGCCGGCGGCGGCGGCGGCGGCGGCGGCGGCUGAGGUGAGAGACGGCGGCGGAGGCGGCGCGGGCACCCGGCCCCCCAGCGGGAGGAUGAAGCGGCGGAACGCCGACUGCAGUAAGCUCCGCCGCCCCCUAAAGCGGAAUCGGAUCACCGAGGGCAUCUACGGCAGUACAUUUUUGUACCUGAAAUUCCUGGUAGUGUGGGCACUUGUCCUCCUGGCCGAUUUUGUCCUGGAGUUCAGAUUUGAAUACCUGUGGCCAUUUUGGCUUUUCAUCAGGAGCGUCUAUGAUUCCUUCAGAUACCAGGGGCUGGCCUUCUCAGUAUUUUUUGUUUGUGUAGCAUUCACGUCAAAUAUAAUAUGUCUGCUGUUCAUCCCCAUACAAUGGCUUUUUUUUGCUGCUAGCACCUAUGUGUGGGUUCAGUACGUAUGGCACACAGAAAGGGGAGUGUGUUUGCCCACGGUGUCCCUCUGGAUACUCUUUGUUUAUAUUGAAGCAGCGAUUAGAUUUAAAGAUCUCAAAAAUUUUCAUGUAGACCUUUGUCGUCCCUUUGCUGCUCACUGCAUUGGGUACCCCGUGGUGACUUUGGGCUUUGGCUUCAAAAGUUACGUAAGCUACAAAAUGCGGUUAAGGAAGCAAAAGGAAGUGCAGAAAGAGAACGAAUUUUACAUGCAGCUUCUUCAACAAGCCCUCCCCCCGGAGCAACAGAUGCUCCAGAAGCAAGAAAAAGAAGCCGAGGAAGCAGCCAAAGGAUUGCCUGAUAUGGAUUCCUCGAUCCUUAUACACCACAACGGAGGUAUUCCAGCCAACAAAAAACUCUCCACAACUUUGCCAGAGAUAGAAUACCGAGAAAAAGGGAAAGAAAAGGACAAGGAUGCCAAAAAACACAACCUUGGAAUAAAUAACAACAAUAUUCUACAACCUGUAGACUCGAAAAUACAAGAAAUUGAGUAUAUGGAAAACCAUAUCAAUAGUAAAAGAUUAAAUAAUGAUCUUGUGGGAAGUACAGAAAAUCUCUUGAAAGAGGACUCAUGCACUGCUUCCUCAAAAAAUUACAAAAAUGCCAGUGGAGUUGCGAACUCCUCACCUCGCAGUCAUAGCGCCACAAAUGGGAGCAUUCCUUCCUCAUCUAGUAAAAACGAGAAGAAGCAAAAAUGCACGAGCAAGAGCCCAAGUGCUCACAAGGACUUAAUGGAAAACUGUAUUCCUAAUAACCAGCUAAGCAAGCCAGACGCACUGGUGAGGCUGGAACAAGAUAUUAAAAAGUUAAAGGCUGAUCUGCAGGCCAGCAGACAAGUGGAACAGGAGCUCCGCAGCCAGAUCAGCUCCCUCUCCAGCACCGAGCGAGGGAUCCGCUCAGAGAUGGGCCAGCUCCGGCAGGAGAACGAGCUGCUGCAGAACAAAUUACAUAAUGCUGUGCAAAUGAAGCAAAAAGACAAGCAGAAUAUCAGCCAGCUGGAGAAAAAGCUAAAAGCUGAGCAGGAAGCCCGAAGUUUUGUAGAAAAGCAGUUAAUGGAGGAGAAAAAAAGGAAGAAGUUAGAAGAAGCCACUGCUGCCCGGGCCGUUGCAUUUGCUGCUGCAUCGAGGGGGGAGUGCACCGAAACCUUACGGAAUCGGAUCAGAGAAUUAGAAGCAGAGGGCAAGAAGCUCACGAUGGACAUGAAAGUGAAAGAAGACCAGAUCAGAGAACUAGAACUGAAAGUUCAGGAGCUUCGGAAGUAUAAGGAAAACGAGAAGGACACUGAGGUGUUAAUGUCAGCCCUCUCGGCCAUGCAAGACAAAACACAGCACCUGGAGAACAGUCUGAGCGCAGAGACGAGAAUCAAGCUGGACCUGUUCUCUGCACUGGGGGACGCAAAGCGACAGCUCGAGAUCGCCCAAGGACAAAUUCUUCAGAAAGACCAGGAAAUCAAGGACCUUAAACAGAAGAUAGCCGAAGUCAUGGCCGUCAUGCCCAGCAUAACGUACAGCGCCACGACCAGCCCCCUGAGCCCCGUUUCCCCCCACUACUCUUCCAAAUUUGUGGAGACCAGCCCCUCUGGACUUGAUCCCAAUGCCUCUGUUUACCAGCCCCUGAAGAAAUGAAGGCCAGCUGUGGCUUUUGCCCAGCCAUUUGGUUACCAGAAGGCAUCACAAAGGAGCGUCUCUGGCAGUCAAGAUAAAAAAAAAAAAAAAAAAAAAAAAAAAAAAGUUUAUAUUGUAUUUUGUGGGACUGUAUAUGUUGUCGUUUUUAAAAAGGGGGGAAAGAUAACAUCCAAGUCUGAUUAGAACUGCCCAUCAGUUUUUCUUGUAAAUUUUUAGAAGACCUCACAGAACUUUGCAGUUUAUUUUUCUCGGCCAACACAUUAAAACCAUUCUUGGAUUUCAA